AUGGCGCCAAACAGACAAGUAAAACCCGCUGUCCCUGCCAGACAAAACAUCAAGCUCUCUCACCGCUGGUGUUCGUCAGCAGCUGCACAGUCUGCCCCAGUUUUCUAUUUUUUCGACUUUGAAGUUGGAACUGUUCCUUUCCUUGCCCUCUGGGUCGGCACGCGUCUCAUCAUCAUCACCACCACCACCAUCACCAUCACCAUCACCAUCAUCAUCAUCAUCAUCAUCAUCAUCAUCAUCAUCAUCAUCAUUGUUGCCAUCACUGCAUCACUGCCAGACUAUCAUCGCUAUCGUGUCGUUAUCUUGAUCAGUAUCACCAUUGUUAAUCUACUGGAUGAGAUGUGGACGCUCUCUGGUCAGAUUUACCAUCUCUUCUCCGUCACAUGGCAGAGCGGUUCUCCGCUGGCGAGGGAUGGAUGGACUGGCCCUCGGGGCUAUCAGCUUGACCUCUCCUGCAAUGCUGGCAUCACCGACUUCGGCAUCUCGAACCACUUGGCCCCCUUCCUGAGGAGGUGGCCACACUGUCGGACACUAAAGCUGGCCGAGACCUCCGGUGGUGAUGCUUCCCUGAAGGCGUUAAUGGAUUGGGUCUGCGAGGGCCAGGCUGUGGAGCUGAACUUGUGGCAGCCCAAAUUGCGGGCGAAGGCGGUGCAGAAAAUGCUGUGCUGUGAUAUUUUCACGAAAACAGCUUUCACGAGUUCAAACUUUGAAGACGUUCCAGCUGCAGGCUUCCAUAUUGGCAUCCUUGCGGGAAGUCAUCUCUGUGGCUUCGCCUGGACCACAAUCACAUUGAGAACAUGGAUCUGCUGGCCGCUAAAGGAGCCACAGCGGAACAUCUUCAAGUCUGGGUCCGGACCCAAAGCGAGCACAACCGGACCGGUCACGAAGAUGGCCCCUUGUCCGUCCGUGGAGGUAGCCCUCUUUCCGGCCUCGCAUGCGAAGGUGCACGCGUGCCACGGCAAAGCCGAGAUGCGGCAGCAGCUCCUGUCGAUGCUCCACAUCUCGGGUGGCACACGGGCAGAAGGAACUUCGGAUCCCAUCGUGUUCUCGGAGGACGAGUACCGGCUGUGGCAGAUGGAAUCGCGGGAGGACAAAGAAAACGGUGCGGAUUCCAGGAAUGAGGAGACUUUUGGAGGUGAGACGCUUGCCGCCGGGUGGUCUUUCGAGGAGCUUCUUGCAUGGCUCCACACAGCUGUCUACUUCCGUUUCUGUCCCCUUGUGAGACAGCUCGUGAGGGACGUUGACGUGUUACGUCCCGAAGACUUCAAUGGCAAGGUGAAGCAAUGGUUCCACGCGCUCCGAAGCAGUGGCGGAAUCGAGAAAGUCACCGAGGCCACUGCUACUCUGCGUCUUAUCUUGAAAGACAAACGCCGCGGGGAAGUCGAGAAGUGGCCUUCUUAUCUGCGUUCGCUUCUCGAGAAAAUCCACUUUGGCGAUCUGCUGCACUGCCCCAUACCGGCAGGCUGGGCGCGUGACAGUGGCGCGCAGAUGCUCGCAGUUGCAAGGGGCAAAUUUGAAGGCCCCCCAAAAAGGCGCCUGGUCAUGAAAGGAGUAUCACCAACAUCGCCAACAUCCCCAACAUCCCCAACAUCGCCUGUCAAACUGACAACCGGAGCCUCUGCCUUGGAGAAGCGAUAUCACUAG